AUGUAUUUGAACAGUUUAAGAAUACGUAAGUUAUUCGCAUCAUUCAAGUUUCGCAUAUGCCUUAUAGUUUUUGCUGUAUUUAUUUUUUGGCUACUAGUUAGAGCCAUACACAACAAUGUAAAUCAGGUAAAUAAAAGCUAAAUCUAUUCAAAAUUAUAAUUUUCAUUUAAAUAUUUUGUUAUUGCUAUUAAAAAGAAAUUGAGACUAUAAUUAUUUUGAGAUUUUGAAUGCAGUAAACUAUGUAGUAAAGGAUGUAUUAAUUUUACUAUGACAAAAUUGUUUGUUGUUUGCUUGUAUAAUAUUAAACAAAAUAUUGUAAUGGUAUUUAAGAGGAAAUUUUUUUUUUUUAGUUACUCAGUUUGAUGCCUCAAAAUGUGCAAAAAACUGAUAAAACUGAAAAGAAAUUUUAUUAUCCAUUUAAAUUUGAAAUUGAAGUGUCAUUCAAAAUCGGUUUUUAAAACCAAAAAUUAUUAUGUUCAAAUUUACCAACCUAUGCAAAGCAAGAUGAGUUAUGAGUACCCAUUAUCUGGUCUCUGGAUCUUGUGCUCAUUUUGUAUUUUAAUAAAAUGAUCUGAUAUUUUUUUAAUGUAUAAAUUAUUAUUUUUAGAAAAAUGUUCAUUUUUCACGUCUUCAAAACCCUGAGAGUUCUCUAAUGAAAAACAAAGAAACAGACGGAACAUAUUAUCUGCCAGUUGGUAUUUAUUAUGAAGCAUUGUGUCCAGACUCAAGGAACUUUAUACUUCAACAUUUAGUCCCGUCUAUUAAUAAAGCUCCAAAUAGUUUUGAUGUUGACUUUGUUCCAUAUGGUAAAGCUAAGGUAAACCAUUAAAUUAUUAUCCAUUCAUACAAUUUAUCUUGUGUUUUAUUAUUGUAGACAAAUAUUUAAAGGUCUUUAAUGAUAAAUACUACUAUGAUUUGUGUAUUUUAAUAUUUUUAACUUCUAGCUUAUAUUUAUGUUUAGACUCAUGAAAAUUCUGAUGGUUCUAUAAUAUUUGAUUGUCAACACGGAGAAGUAGAAUGUCAGGCAAAUAAAAUACAUUCUUGCGCUAAAAAACACAUAAAAGAUAAAAGUAUAUUAGUCAAAUAUAUUGCAUGCAUGAUUGAUUAUAAUUAUGACCCAGAAAAGAUUGGAAUUUAUGUAAUUAAUAAUUACCUUACUUUGCAUGUUAUAAUUUAUUAAUACGAUAAUUAUUUAUUAUUUUAUAGUGUGCCAAAAGGUAUAGUAUUAAUUGGAAUAAAAUAUCCACUUGUUCAAAAGGAAAAGAAGGUGAACAAUUAUUAAAACAGAAUGGUGAAGCUACAGAUAAACUGUGGCCUCAAGUUUCAUUUAUUCCAACCAUUACAAUUAAUCACGUAAUUUAAAUUCCUGGGUUUUUUUUUUUUUUUUGUAUUAUUCUACUAUUUUGUUUUAGGAACAACCAAGGCAAGCAUCUGUUUUAAAAGAUUUUUGGGCUGUUGCUUGCAGUUAUUUUCCGUCUGUAAGUAAUUUUUAAAAAUAUCCAUACGUUUUGAUACAUAAAAUUUAAGUUGUAAAUAUUAUGCAACUGUAAUUAGAAAAGUGGAUUUUCUUCCAAUUUAUUUUCCAGAUUAUUAGUACCUAAUAAUAUUCAAAGUUAUAUAAUUGUAUAACUACUAUAAUAGAAGAUUAUUAUUUUUUUUUUUUAGGAAUCAAAGCCGAUUGCUUGUUAA